AUGCAAAUCAGCAAAGUCGUAAUCUUUGGCGGAACAGGCGCACAGGCUGGGCCAAUGGUUCGUGCUCUCUCUAAGACGAAACAAUUCAAAGUGACAGUCCCUACACGAGAUGUGAACUCUUCAGCAGCACAAGCAUUGACAGAGCUUCCAAAUACCACUCUGCUCGAAGCCACAUACACGACUGAAGAAGGGCUCCGAGCAUCGUUCGCCGGCCAGGACGCCUGCUACUUCAUCAUCAACUCGUUUGAUAUCAGAGAAGCAGAUGAAUAUUUUUGGACCAUUCGAGCAUACGAGAUUGCCGCCCAGAGUGGACUGAAGCUAUUCGUGUACAGCGGAGCCCAGAAUCGACUGAAGGACCAUGGCUAUGACGAGAAGUAUCGCAACAGCCAUAAUAUGGUGAAGGGCCAUCUUUGCGACUGGCUGAAGAACCAGGACGAUAAAGUUUUACCCUUUUGCGUGCUUUAUGGAGGCGUCUACAUGCAGAUGCUGGGGAGUCUACUUUGUCCGCUCAAACAGGAUGACAUUUACGUCUUUGCAGCACCAGUCCAUGAAUCAAGCAUCAUUCCACUGACCCCACUGGAGAACUAUGGAACGACGGCAGCAUGGAUCUUCCAAAAUCCAGCCAAAGCGAAAGGACGCAUGAUCGACGCAGGCGCAAUCCCCAGCACGUGGCCUCAGAUCGUUGACGCCUUCAAAAAAACCACCGACAAAGAGGCUCGUUUCCUGCCAGUCACGCAAGACCAAUGGUUCGCAGGUGCAGUAAGCAAAGGGAUCGAUCCAGAAGCGAAACUACCUCGUGGCGUUCAACAGGAUGACCCGGCGACGUUUACAUUUCGGAAGACGUUUGGUGCGUGGUGGAAUAUCUGGCAGGACAAUACGAGGGAGUAUGAGCAUAAAAUUCGAUCGGGCGAGCAUGCCGAGCCGGGUGUGCAAGGUAGGAUCGCGAGCCUGGAGGAAUGGAUGGAGAAGACUGAGUAUCAGGGAGAGUAUAAGGAGCCAACGAAGAUGAGGCGGGACAUGGCCACGAACUGA